AUUAUAUACUACCUAGAUAAUAUAGAAGUUAUUAGUAGAUUAGAUAAGCUAACUCUAACUACGUCUAAAGAUACAUCUAAAGCUAAACUAGUUAGUAAGAAGGAAUAUAAGACGUUAGAGAAGGAACAACCUCUUAUGUCUAAAUACGAAAAGAUAGCACAAUUCUAA